AGAGGGAGCGAGGGAGAGAGGGUGGGGUGGGGGUCUUUACAUAAUAACCUGCAUGCUUUUCACGUGAAAUGUCCCUUUAUAAGCGGAACCUGUACAGUCACACUGGGGCGAACCGUAAACGAGCGGACUAAGCGGAGAGGGGAACAAAAAGUCAGGGUCGUCAAAUCGCAGCCAGGAUGGUCACCUCGUAUCCUUUACCGGAGGGUUUCUCCGAGUUCGAUGUUUUCUCGUUAGGAUCUUGUCUUCUGGUGGAGGGUCUGCUAGGCUUCUUUUUGAACGCGGUGACAAUAGUGGCUUUCCUCAAAGUGAGAGAGCUGAGGACCCCCAGCAAUUUCCUGGUCUUCAGUUUAGCCAUGGCAGAUAUUGGCAUUUCCAUGAACGCCACUGUUGCAGCUUUCUCCAGCUUUCUGAGGUACUGGCCUUAUGGCUCAGAAGGCUGCCAGACUCAUGGCUUCCAGGGCUUCAUGACAGCUCUUGCUAGCCUUCACUUUAUAGCAGCUAUCGCUUGGGACAGAUACCAUCAGUAUUGUACACGGACAAAACUGCAGUGGAGCAGUGCCAUCUCUCUGGCUCUAUUUGUCUGGAUGUUUGCAGCCUUCUGGGCAGCCAUGCCCCUCAUCGGCUGGGGAGAGUACGAUUACGAGCCUCUCAGGACCUGCUGCACUCUGGAUUACAGCAAAGGCGACAGGAACUAUGUUUCAUAUUUGAUCCCUAUGAGCAUUUUCAACAUGGGGAUUCAGGUGUUUGUUGUCCUGUCCUCCUACCAGUCCAUUGCACAGAAAUUCAAAAAGACUGGAAACCCCAGGUUUAACCCCAACACCCCGCUGAAGUCCUUGCUGUUCUGCUGGGGGCCAUAUGGUAUCCUGGCUUUCUAUGCUGCUGUGGAGAAUGCAAACCUCGUAUCACCAAAGUUGAGGAUGAUUGCUCCUAUCCUGGCUAAGACCUCACCCACCUUUAAUCCUCUUCUAUAUGCUUUGGGAAAUGAGAACUACAGAGGAGGCAUUUGGCAGCUUCUGACAGGGGAAAAGAUCGAUGUGCCUCAAAUUGAUAAUAAGUCCAAAUAAACAGCUGACUGUUGUUGUAGAUGUUUUUGUCUGUGAGAGUGUGUACUGUACAAUGUGUUGUAAGCACCAUAAACCUUUGCUACUUGUAUUCUGUACAUUCCUAUCACCUCUGCAACUGUUUCUGUGGGGAUAUUACAAAAAUUGCUGUCAAUGUCUAUUGCCUCACACAUAGAAUACAACCAAACAUUCAGUGUGUUACAUUUUGUAACAUGUUACUUGCUAAUUUAUCUGUUUGAUUCAUUUUAUUUUAUGCCAAGCAAUGAAUGGCUUUAAUUUUUAACUCAUCAUGUUAAUUUUUGAUACAGAUUUCAUCCAAAUAUUCAUAAUGCAGUGUUGCAAAACUAAAAUAAAUAUACAGUUAUUUAAAGGAACUUAUACAUAGAUACAACAAGAAUUACAAAAAUAAAACAUAAAAUACAAACUACUUUAUGAAAAACUGUUUACCAACAUUUAUCAAUUUGGCACAGAAACUUUAAAAAAAGGAAUCAUUCAACCACAAUGUCUUUUCUUCAUUGUGUGAAAGCUAUUUUGUUAAAGGAUAUAUUAGGUUGUCGCUGGCUGAAGAGAAAAGUCCCCACAGAAUAAUCUAAUUUGAGCUAAAUAAGAUUUCUCUUGACGUCAUCUGGCCAAAGAGAAUCCAAGAUGGCAUUCUUUUCUGAUAAUUGCCUGUGUCCCUGAAAUUUAAAAUUGUGUUCAAUCCAUGGAUAUUUUCUCUGUAUUUUGGGUGUAACUAAAAUAAUCCCCAAAACAAAAUCUCUAUUAUUAAAUGCAUAUGCACACACAUAUAGGAGAGGUAAGAGACUAAAGAUAAACUAAAAAGGCUUCUUAUCUUGACAUGGACUUUUGCCUACUUAUUUAAGUGCAGGGGACAUGUAGGCAAUAAACCUUUACAAAGAUAUUUUAUUAGAUCAACUGAGAUGUUAAAUUCUUACAUGUUGGACUUGAUGCUUCUUUUGUGUUUUUGUGCAUCUAGUGUAUCACAUAAUUAAUUCCUUUGCGUUUACAAUUUUUGACCUUUAAAUAUGAAUACAUAUUAUGUGUCUUUUUUUCCAUUUCCAAUUUCAUAAACAAAUCCUAGUUUGAAAUGUUGUCCAACCACAACAUAAAAAGCACACUGUUAUUUACUGGUUAUUACAUAAUCAAAGUUUAUACAGUAGGUUUUGAAAACCUCAUAUUCAUUUCUUUUUUAUUGCGUGUUAUAAAAAAUGUACAGAACAGCAAAUGCAUCAUUGAAAGAGCAAUCGACAUCAAACAAAGGAUUGUUAUUGUUAACAUAUUUGACAUUGAAACUAACCCCAUUUUUGUCUUGUGUUGCACAUGUGAUUUAUUCCCAAAUGCAAACCUUAAACAGUAUGCACCCAUCCAAAAAAUAAGAGUUAUUAUGACAUAUUUUCUUUCUCAGUUUUUUUUUUUUUGUUGUUGUUGUUUCUGUUGAUAAAAGCAAAUAAUAAUGGUCAGUAUAUUGAAAUUGUAUGUAGAGGAUUUGAUGUAUACGAAAUCCCCAAUAAAUUGCUACACCUACUGGU